AUGGCUUUGCAGCUUGCUGACUUCCUUGCUCGGGUGUCUGAGCCUCUGGGCCUCAACAAGCCUUACAUGCGGAAUGCCGUCGCCCACGUCAACCUUUCCGACGAGGAGAUGCGUGAUAUUCCGAACCCUUGGAAUGAGAUGCAGAUACACGUCAGCUUCAAGUGUGCAGAAGCUCUCGCAUUCCUUGGCUUGGGCGCUGGGGCUUUUCUCUUCAGGCGGUCGCCAACGCCCAUCCGCCGGGCUGGGCAGUGUGCCUUCAUGGGUGGCCUCCUGGGCGCGGGGCCUGUGGGGUAUUUGAUGUGGAGCGGCAAAGCUCGAAGCCUGAAUCACGAGGACAUCUACGACCGUGCAUAUCGCUGUCGGUACAACAGGAACCAGCUCCGCAUCGACGGCGCCUUCGAGGGGAGCGCCUACCUUGGCCUCAUCGGAG